UCUUCGAAAGUAAAAUUUUGAAAAGUUGGAAUAUUCUUCUUUCCAAAAUUUAAAUGCCUUUUAAAAACAAUUACAUAAAUUAUAAUUACGAUAAAAAAAGUGAACUUUCAAAAUGAAUGAAAAUAAUAUCACUGAGUUAAAGGAAAUGGUUUCCGAAGCCCAGAAAUACUUAUUAGAUUUAAUUUAUUUUUGCGCUAGUGGAAAAGAAAUGAGCAAUGCGUUUUCGGUUCAGGAUGUGAUAAGUUUCCUAAAACGACUGCGGAAUAGUUGUUGUAAAGGCUAUGAAUCUCAAUGUGAAGUUAUGAAUAUUAUCCCAACAAUAUUCGCUUUGCUAGAAAAGGAAAUAUUUAGCUUUUUUGAAGAUAUAUCAUCUGAUGAAGUGGAUCAGCUGAACACUUUGAUUUGGCAACUGAUGGCUAAUUUGACUGUAAAUAAUCCCUCAAAUCAACAAUUAAUUUGGGAAGGCUAUGGUUCCAAGGUUAAAGAAUAUUUAAACGGGCUAUCUCCUUAUACAGACAUUCAGUUAUUAAUUUUAUAUAAUGUCGCGAAGGGAAAUUCUGUAUAUUUAGAUCAAAAAGACGUUUUUGAAAUACUACUUAAGGUAUGGACAAAUAUUUUAGAAAAAAAGUAUGACAGGAAUUUAGAAUUUUUGCAUAUAUUUUUUGAAGAAUAUUUAUGUAACAUUUCGUGUCGAAUUGUACCAAUAUACGCAACUCUUCAUGCGGAACAUAGGAUUGCAGUCUUGAAAUAUAUAAUUAUUUAUGUAAGAAAUGGCAGUCCUAAUGGUCAAAUACAAAAAGUUUUGAUGGAAUUUAUAUCAAAAGAAUUCAAAAAGAAAUCAGAUUGUAUAUUGAGAGUAAACAGUGAGCGUAUAAAUGAAAUUUAUCCAUAUGAAGUGUUAAUAUUGCUCGAAACAAUUUCGGUUGCCAGUGGAGAUGCUUUAUAUAGUCAUAUUUAUGAAAAAGAUCACUCAUUAUUUCUUAACGUUGGGCAGCUUUUGUAUACUGUUAAUGAAACUGGUAAACAAUCAAAUAAUAUUUUUACACCAAUGGAAAAGCUAACUGAAGUAGCCCCCAAUUCUGGAAUAAACACAGAUUUUCAAAAUGAAAUUUCGUAUCAAUUAAGAACACUUUUAGUAAGAACUCUGGCGAAUUUAUUGUACAAAAAUAAAAAAAACCAAGAAUAUGUAAGGGAACUAAAUAUAAUAGCAGCUAUUCUGGAUUCAACCAGACCAGACGCAAGGAAUCCUAUGAUAAAGGAAUGGAGUAUACUUGCAAUUAGAAAUAUGUGUGAAAAUUGUUCUGAAAAUCAACAAAUAAUAUCAAAUUUAACAAAAGUUGGAGAUGCCUCAAAAAAUGUUUUAACAGAGUUAAAUUUAGAAAUGGGAUCGUUAAGAAUUAGUCCAAAAGAAUAAUUUUGAAAUAAAGCAAAUAAAACAAAACAAUAUACAAGCUCAUAUUUGAAAAGUAUUAAAAUUGUUAAAUAUAUUUGUUUGAUUAUCUUCUAAGUAAGAAUAAUACCUUACUACUUCCUUAUAGGACACCAAAUAAAUGAAUAUUGAAGAUUUUUGAUUUGCGCGACGAGGACAACAGUUCACCGUGACUACGUGUAAAGAUCUACCAAAUAAAUGAAACAAAAAUAUUAUUUUCAAAGUUUUACACGUAAAUAUGUAAUUUAAAAAUAAAUUAAAUUUUAAAUCACAUAUAUUAUGCAUAAUUAAUAUUUAUAACGAAUAUAAAAUGUUUUAAAAUUAGUAAAACUCCUAAAAU